ACUAUCCUGCCACUUUGACCCAAGAAAGCUAGCCUUGGGAUGUUACUGCUUAAAAAUGAGCUGGGGGUAAAACCAUGGAAUAUUCUUUGUGACAAGUAUCCCACAAAUUCCAUUGACCUCCCUUGUUUUCUUUGCCUUGAGCAGGGUUUCCAGUUUCCAAACCUGAUAUGAUAUUCCAGAUGGAACGAGGGGAAGAGCCGUGGGUCCCAGAGAUCCAGGGCUCUGAGAAAGAAGUGCUCCCGAGAGCUGCCUGCACAGGGAGUGACCUAUGUCUGGAUUCUCCCUAUCUCCCAUCAGGUGAUGGGAUGGUGAGUGAGAAUGAAGAGGAGAAACCCCAGCAAGAAGAUGCUGAGCAAGUAGAACCACAUGGAACGUUAUCAGGAAGAUCCAAAGGGAAUGUUUCCAGGAGUUGUGAACUCCCAGAAAAAGCAAAAGCCUGGGAGAGUCAGCACAGGCCAGAGGAAAACUUCAGUAGCCACUCAGACCUUAUUGGAAAUGAGAGAAUCAGCUUGGAAGAGACACGCUAUGCAUGCCACGAGUGUGGGAAAAGCUUCAAUCACC